AUCUUCAUGACGUCGACCGUAGGCCAUGACCCCAAUGCAUUCCAUCAACUGCCCGGUGACUAUGCCUCCGAAAAUAAACACGACGAAAAUGGCACGGAAGUCAGCGUAGUAGAGCGUGUGAAGGAAGAAUACCUCCACCCUUGCUGCCAAAAAGAGUUGGAAGCCACACGGGCUCGGACCAAACUCAUGACCAAAUUGACGGCAGCCGACAUCACGAGGCAUGCGAUGGAGCGCAGAAGGAACGUGUUCGGCCCGGAGCAGGCCAAUGAUCAACAUCAGCAUGUGCAUGGCACGGGCUGUUGUUCCCUGACGGUAGAUUAUCCCGCGUUGUCCGACCUCAGAGAAAAACAAGGUGGUGGCAGCAGGGCUAUGGAAGUUGGCAUGCCCGUCGGAUCAGGAGAUGGCGACGAACAAGCUCUCCUCCGCCAAGCAGAGAGGGAACAAAAUGGUGACGAGGAAGAGGAAGAGAGUGACGACGAGUGGUUGCGGGAAUUGGAGGACGGGGACGACGGAGGUUUUCAGGAAAUCCGCCGGGCGGAAAUGGUGCGGAGGGCGUUGGAGCAGGCGGAAUUGCAGGCGCUCGGCGUGGGCUUACACACUUACGUAGCGCCUGCGCGGGCCUUGAAAAUAGUGCAGAGGGCAUCCUGUCCCUUGGUCAUGCACUGCUAUGAUCCGUACAGCCCCAUCAGCGCCGCCCUUGACUUGGAAUUGGAGGUUCUGGCUGCCCGUUACCCAGGCACACGCUUCCUGCGCACGGCCUUUGGGGCUAACGGAGGGACGAGGGACGGUCGUGGGGGACAGGGAUCGAAAGUGCUGCGUGAGAGCCUUCGUGUGCCGGCGCCAGCGCCCACGGGGGAGUAUCGAAAAUCGGUAGUAUUGGCUGUGAAAGAGGGAAGGCUAGUGGAUUCCUGCUACGACUUUGGGAGGCGGUUCGGGGACGUGAAGGAGGGACGGGUGUACGGCGAGGCAGUGGAGCAGUGGUUGCAGCACUGUCGCGUGCUUGAGAGGGCGAGCGUGUGCGUGGACGACGCGAGGCGGAUGGACGGAGAAGGAAA